UAGUCAACCCCUAAGUCAAACACUUUAGUGAAGCCCACACAGACCCCGUGCCGUCUCAAACCUUUAAAACAAAACAUCCUGCCGUUCUCACUCAUCACUCAAACAUAAUCAUCAUCUUCGUUUUCGAUAUACGGCGGAGGUAAUCGCCGGAGCUCUCACUAAAAUGGCGAAAUCUCUACACUUCACAAGACUAAUGAUAUCUUCUUCAGCAAGAAUGCCUCCAACUUCUCACUUCCCCUUCUCAAUCAAACCUAGCAACAUCCAUAAACCCUUCUUCUUCUUCUCCUCUUCCUCAACACGCUACCCACUUCAAUACGAGAUGAUCAUCAACCGCCCCACACAAUCCUCCCUCUCCCACCACCAACGCCGACCUCCUCGCCCCAUCGAAUCCACUUCCUCUUCUUCCCCCGACCCGGAUUUCGAUUCCUGGGUCGAUAACAAACUCUCCUCGGAGCUCGAAAAGGGCCGACCCGGGUCGUGCCCCCCGGAGAUGGACAAGGAGAAGAGGAAGUACUAUAGCAAGAGGAGGAAGAGGCUGUACGGGUCCGAUUCGGAGGAUGAGGAAAGGAGGAGGGAAUCAGAGGAAGGGUUUGUGGAGUUGAAGCCUGAGGUUGUGGAGUUUGAUAGGUUGCAUCAGAGGGAAGAGGAGUUGUUUUUUUACGAUGCGUUUGCGUAUCCUUGGGAGAAGGAUAAGCAUUAUAAGAUGGUUUAUCAGUUGGAGAAGAAGUAUUUUCCUGAUCAGUGUUUGGAUAAGGCCUUUUUGCAGCCUGGUGAGGCUUCUCCCUCCCGGAAAGUUAAGGGGAAGAAGAAUGUAGCUGAUGAUGAUGAAAAGUUGGUGUUUUUUGAUGAAGUGAAGGAGAAGGAGAAGGUGGAGGAGAGUGUUAGUGAGAAGAAAGUUGAACAGUUUUUUAAGGGUUUGACGACGAAGGCUAACAAUGAGAGAGGUGUGGCUAGUGGUGGUGGUGGUGGUGAUGGAGAGCCUUUUCUUGUGAUGAGGAAUGGUGAGCUUCCUUCUAGAUGGGAUGGUCCUAAUGGUACUGUUGUUUUGGUGAACAAACCCAAAGGAUGGACUUCUUUUACCGUGUGUGGUAAGCUACGAAGAAUAGUCAAAGUGAAAAAGGUUGGUCAUGCUGGAACACUUGAUCCUAUGGCUACUGGUCUCUUAAUCGUUUGUGUUGGUAAAGCCACCAAGGUGGUUGACAGAUACCAAGGGAUGAUCAAAGGUUAUAGUGGAGUUUUUCGUCUUGGUGAAGCCACUUCAACUUUAGACGCUGACUCUCCUGUGAUUCAACGAGAGUCUUGGGAGCAUAUUAAAGACGAUGACAUUAAGAAAGCUUUGACAUCCUUUCUUGGUGAGAUAUGGCAAGUUCCUCCAAUGUUCUCAGCUAUAAAAGUUGGAGGUGAGAAAAUGUAUGACAAGGCAAGAAGAGGAGAAACCGUGGAGCUUUCUCCCAGACGUAUCUCGAUUUUCCAGUUUGACGUUGAACGCAGUUUAGAUGACAGACAAAAUCUGAUCUUCCGAGUUGUAUGCUCCAAGGGUACAUACAUUAGAUCUCUCUGUGCAGAUCUUGCUAAAGCUCUUGGAAGUUGUGCUCACCUCACUGCUCUCCGGCGAGAUUCAAUCGGUGAAUACUCUGCUAACGAUGCUUGGGAGUUCAAUGAGUUAGAAGCAGCAAUUACAAAGAACUACUUCUAGAAAAAAACGACAUCUGCUUUGGUAGACGUUUCCAUAAAUGAGUAGAAGAUCCAUCAAUGGUGGAUUCUUGGUCACAAACAAAGGUUACAGAUGCUUACAUAGAUCAU